UAGUAUUGUAGCAUUUUUUUUAUCGAAAGCCGGUCCUGUUCACCAACAUCAAAUGCGAAAGUUUAUCAUAUGCACAUAUUUUUAUCUAUGUUAACUAUUUUUAACAAUUUAGUUUAUAAUUCUCGAAGAAUAUUUAAUUUUAAACCAUUACGUGCAUUUUUUCUUUUAUCUUUAGAGGUUAUGUUUUUUAUUAGACAAUAAUAAUGUCUCUUUUAAAACAGAACUUUAAGAAUUUGUUAAUUGCUAGUGCUAAGUUUAAACCAUUGUUCCGUAAGUUUUCAAUGGCCACUGAAACUACGGUGAAUGUAAACGGCCAAACAAUAAAUUAUGUAAAAGUAGGAUCAGGUGAUAGAACUUUGUUAUGUUUCCCUGGUGCUUUGGGUACUAUUUGGAGUGAUUUUAAACCUCAGGUUGAAAAGCUUGAUAAGAACAAAUUUACUGUCAUUGCUUGGGAUCCACCUGGUUAUGGUGGCAGUCGACCACCAAAGAGAUUGUUCAAUAGUGAUUUCUACCAUAAAGAUGCUGAUGUAGCUCAUGACUUUCUUAAGUGCAUUGGAGUGCAAAAAGUUUCUCUGCUUGGAUGGAGUGAUGGAGGCAUAUCCAGUAUGAUUUUGUCAGCCAAAUAUCCAGAAUUUGUGGAUAAAUUAGUCAUAUGGGGAUCAAAUUCUUACAUUUUACCUGAAGAAGUUAAAUCUUACGAAAAAUUAAGAGAUUUGAGCAAAUGGUCAGAUAAAAUGAAGGCACCAUUAAUUAAACUCUACACUGAAGAAGGCUUAAAGGAACUUUGGAGCGGUUGGUGUGAUGCGGUUAACGAAAUUUAUGAAAAAGGAGGCAACAUUUGUAAAUCUGAAUUAAACAAUAUAAAGUGUCCAACUUUUAUAUUGCAUGGUGACAAGGAUCCUAUGGUGGCACCUGAACAUCCAGGAUACUUAUUUGAUAACAUCAAGAAAUCAAAGAUACACAGAUUCCCUGAAGGAAAGCAUAAUAUUCAUCUACGCUUUGCUGACGAAUUUAAUAAAAUUAUAUCAGAUUUUCUUUUACAAGAUUUACUUUGAUUUAUUUAUUGACUUUACAAUGUAUUCAAAAAGUUCCGAGGGUAACUGGCAAUGUGGAAAUAUACAUGUUUAAUAUUUCAAAAUUAUUUACAUUAUGACAAAUAAAUGAUCUGUAAUGUUUAAGAAAUAUUAAACCUACAAUGCAUGUU